AGUACCCAGUCCCAUCAUGUAGUAGAGAACAGCCCUAGCAAAAUAUCGGUUUCUUGUUCAUAUUGUUCUGACAACAAUCAUAAACUUGGCAAUUGUAAGAAAUUCGCAAAUGAAACACUAUCAGCUCGCCGUAACUUUGUCCAAACCAACAAUUUUUGUUUUAACUGCUUAGGCGCGAAUCAUUCGGUUAUGACUUGUCGUUUGCCUACUAGAUGUAGAAUCUGCAAUAAGAAGCAUCAUUCUUUAUUGCAUUCAACCAAUAACAACGUACCAUCCAACAAUGUUCAAACAACACAAUCAAUUAACCCAUCAAGAACCAAUCAUGUCGUUGCGACAACAGCAACAACAUCUGAUGACAUUGACCAGCAAACCAACAUUACCACUUGUUUCUCUAACAACAAGAGUCAAGUUCUUUUAGCAACCGCGUUGGUAAAAGCUGAAACAAACAAUGGAUCGUUCAUAACACUUAGGUCUUUAUUGGACCAGGGAUCACAGGCCUCGUUCGUGACGGAGUCUGCAGUCCAAUUACUUGGGCUGAAGAAAGUAGCAAGCAGAAGUGUUAUAACUGGGGUAGGGAGUGAUUGUAACUCAUCAGUCAACUCUAAACAUGUAGUUAAUAUCAAACUGCAAUCUAUCUACGAUCCGAACUUCACAAUUACGGUGAAAGCUCACGUUCUUACCAAACUUACCACAUUUCUUCCUGAACGACGGGUUGAUUUGAAACUUUGGUCACACAUGCCUGAAAUGAAGUUGGCUGAUCCAAAGUUUAAUGUUCCAAACAAAAUAGACUUGCUGUUAGGUGCAGAGGUGUAUUGUCAGAUAUUAUCUGAGGGACUAGUUAAGGGUCCAAUAGGGUGUCCUAUAGCUCAAAACACCAGACUCGGCUGGAUAUUAUCUGGUCAAGUAUCUGAAAGUAGUAAAACUGAACUAAGCUGUAGAAACGUCAUAACAACAUUACACACUCAAGUUGUUGAAGAAGAGUUUGAUCUUAAACGCUUUUGGGAAAUAGAAUCUGAUCAGUGUCUUCUCAAUAAACCUCACCACACACCUGAAGAACAAAAAUGCGAAGAAUUUUUCAAACAAACAACCACAAGAGACCCUUCUGGACGUUAUAUCGUAAAACUGCCAUUUAAAGAAGAAAAUCCGAACUGUAAAUCAGGCAACUCGCGAGAAAUAGCUGUAAGCAGAUUUUUAAUGCAAGAAAGACGAUUAGCAAAAUCACCAAAUCUCAAGGAUCUCUAUUCCGAUGUUAUUGCAGAGUAUCUGGAGCUGGGUCACAUGGAAAAAGUACCAAACGACGAGAUCGACAAAUCAGAAAGUGUGUACUUACCUCAUCACGCAGUAGUGAAGCUCAACAGAACAACAACCAAACUGAGAGUGGUUUUUGACGCUUCAUGUCGAGACAAGAACGGUGUAUCUCUCAACAGCGAAUUGUUGGUAGGCCCAAGGCUUCAAUCGGAUCUUCGUCAUUUGGCGAUGAGGUGGAGACUGCAUCCUAUUUGCUUGGUGGCUGAUAUAGUCAAAAUGUAUCGCCAAAUAAAAGUAGCUAACGAAGAUGUAGAUUAUCAACGAUUAGUCUGGCGAUCCAAGCCGCAAGAAGAUAUCGAACAUCUGCGAUUGUUGCGAGUCACCUUUGGCACUGCCUCAGCCCCAUAUCUUGCAGUCAGAGCACUGCAUCAAGUCGCGUAUGAUGAAGGUAAACAGUUUCCAUUGGCAGCUGAAAGAGUCCUAAAUGAUUUUUAUGUGGAUGAUCUACUUACUGGAUGUGACACAGUUCUGGAAGGAAAACAAAUAUUUCAACAAAUGAAUGAGUUACUAAGCAAAGGGGGAUUUGAACUUCAAAAAUGGUCAAGCAAUAAUGAAACACUGUUGAACGAAAUAAGCAAGGAUUCAGAAAAAACAACAAGCAAUUUGGAACUCAAAGUAGAUGAAAUUAUCAAAAUUCUUGGACUUACCUGGAAUAUGAUACACUUCCUCUCUGGAAAAGUGGACCUGCAUGGUUAAAAAACAUAACCAUAGAACACGACAGAACGGACAUAAAGGACACGAACUUAGAAGAGAAAGAAAAGAAAGCUUACCAUGUGACCAAGGAAAAUCGACAAAACAUCAUCUGAAGCGAGUGAUCGGCACAGCAACCCUUACCUAUGAAGAAAUAUCUACGUUGUUAUACCAAAUUGAAGCGUGUCUUAACUCAAGGCCGUUAACACAGAUCAGUACCAAUUCACAAGAUCCAACACCUCUCACACCAGGUCAUUUUAUCAUCGGUGAACCUUUAGUACUUGUGCCCGAUAACAAUUAUGAAACGUCAACAAUAUCAUCUUUGAAACGCUGGCAGCUAACCCAACAAAUGCUUAAGGUCUUUUGGCGUAGGUGGUCCAACGAAUAUUUAACUCAGUUUUUGCAGCGGUACAAAUGGGCAAAUACAACACCAGAGCCUAGAAUCGGGGAUGUAGUUUUAGUUAAAGAAGACGAUCUUCCUCCUGCGAAGUGGUUAAUGGGCAUAAUUACCGAAAAGCACAAAGGUUUGGACAACCUUACGAGAGUUGUUAGUAUAAAA